AUGGCAUUAAAAUUUUUGAUUCUUAUUAUUUAUCCUUUAUUUAUUUUUGCCUUAGAAGACAAUCCUACUAUUACAUUGACUGAUAAAAACUUCAAAGAUAUUGUGAAAAUCCAUCAAAAGAUGCUAGUGGAAUUCUAUAUAGAAGAAGAUAUUCAAUGUCAAAAUUUUCAUCCUGAAUUUAUCAAAGCUGCUAAGAAAUUAUUGCAUUUAUCUCCUUCUUUUAAACUGGGAGUGUUUAAUGCAAAUAACAGUGAUAUCGCUGUAGAUUAUGGAAUUACAUCAUUCCCAAAAUUAGUUUAUUUUAUCGGAAGAAUUCCAAUAGAAUACAGUGGACAAAUGAGCUCUGAUUCUAUCAUAUUAUGAACUAAAAGGCAGCUAAGGUUAAGAUAAGGUUAACUAUUAUUGAAAAGCUCCCGGUAGCACCUAUGGGUGCGAUUCUCCACUUUCGUUUAUUAUUGGGCUAACUGCCGACACCUUCUAGGGUAAAAUUCUCAUCGCCUGAGGCUUGCGUCACAAAACCGUAAGUCAGACUUGGGCUGCCCUUCGAAAAAAUUUCGAAAAGCGAAUUUCUGAUCAAGCUGUCGACCAAGAUAAAACUCGUCGCCUACGACGCAACGCCUGGUAUCGUUCUAGGUAAUUGCCCGAUUGGUCAUGCAGACUUUUUUGGCUUUCUCUUUCUAACUCCGAGUCUAUCUCAGCCAAGAGGUAAAACCUUGAUCCAGGAAUGAGCUGCGGUCGGUCUAAUCAGAUAUUGCGCUCCUCCAAAGCUAAGUAAAGCUCUGCCUAAUGCACAUCACUGGACGCCAUCUCUCUGCCACAAUGUCCCUGGUUAUCCCUGCUACAGAUGCUAAGAGGGUGGGUUGGUUCGCCAUGCAUUUUAAUGUAUAUAACUAAAAGGCAGCUAACUAAACAAACUAUCUAUUAAUUAUAGCCAUUAGACAUUAAAGUCUAGGAAUUUAAGUAGUUUUCGAGUUUCUAAAUUAUCUCCUCUCUAAUCCUCCAACGAAUUUUCCAAUAAUAAGUCAAAGGAUUAGAAUUAGGAUUAUUAAAAGUAAGGCGUUAGCCAUAUUGGUGACGCAAUCACCAAAGACCUCCCGUACAAGGAGGUUCGACCGCUUUUAGACUCCAGCCCAGAGAGUCUAUCCCUCAUAUGAGUGCCCUUCCGGCACUUCUAUCUCCUUGUUGAGGCUCAGUCUUUAGUGGGCGGCUUUUGGAUUUCUGCUGCUACGGGCGAUUGGGUAGCUUGAUUCAUGGAUCCUUGGAGUCUAUCGGAUGACGAAGUGCCUCCCUUCGACAGCUACAGGAAAAAGACUACUCCCUGUGGUCUGGGCGAAACCCCCAGUUUCUCGGUAGAGGAAUAUCCAUGGAUCCUCGGAUCCAAAGGACAUUACCGGGCACCUCCAUUUCCAACCACAGGAAAUCAACCAAAACUUACUCGGAUACACAUCUCUCGAGCCUGCACUUCAUCUCGGCUCAGAGUGCAUCCCAGUUCGCCGUAGCCAUAAGAUCUGGACUGUUGCACCAAAAGGGCAGGCUAGCACGUGUCGCCAUUUUAAUGCAUAUUAAUAAGCCAAAGGCAGCUAGGAAUUUCAAUUUUAUACAUAAAUGAAACAGAAGAUUUACUCAAUAAAAUUGAAUUAGAGAAAACAGCUAUUGUCUUAUUUUCAAAACCUGAUAUUCCAAUCAUAAAAUCCUUUGAAUAUAUCGCUCAAAAAAUCGAAGAGCCGGCCUUUUAUGUUUCAAUUAAUUCUGAUACUUGGGACUGUUUUAAUGUCAUACAAAGCCAAGUGAUAAUAUUUAAAGAUUUUGGGCAAGAAAAAGUGAAGCUUGAUAUUGAAGAAACUGACAUAUUAAAAUUUAUAAGACUUAUUGAAUUACACAAAAAACCUUCUUUAAUACCUCUUGACAGCUAUUCUAUUGAUUUUAUAUUACAAAAUAAAAACCAAGCAGCUUUAUUUUUAAGAGCAAAAAGUGAAGCAGAACUAUAUAAAAGCGAAAUUGAGGAAUUAGCUAAUGAGUAUAGGGAUUUUAUUACUUUUAUAUAUGGAGAUAUUUCUGAUUAUCCUAUAUUUUCAGAAAUGGUAGGAAUUAGUGAAAAAAAUCAGCCAACGUUUAUGAUAAUUGAUCCUAUGCUUAGCACAUCUAAAUACAAAAUUAAAAAUAAAUUUACUAUUAGCUCAGCUAGACUAUUAAUUGAGGAGUUCAAAAAUAAUUCUGCCGUUCCUUAUUUAAAAUCUCAAGAAAUACCUGAAAACCCUUUUGAAAAUAGCUUGAGGGUUUUAGUUGGAAAAAAUUUUGAAGAAAUUGUAUAUGACAAAAACAUAAAUGUCAUUGUAGAAUUCAUGGCUGAGGGAUGUUCUGAAUGCAAGGACGUCGAAAAAGAAUUUCAAAAACUAGCGGAGAUGCUUGUCGAAAACGAUAACAUAAUUGUCUCAAAAAUAGAUAUGAAUAAAAAUGAUAUUAAAGGAAUAAUUAUAACUGAGUUUCCAACCAUAAAAUUUUACCCAGCAAAUGAUAAAACUGGGAUAGAUUUCAAGGAAGAAAAAUCUUUUGAAAACUUGCUAACUUUUAUACAGUUAAAUUCAGAUUUAACAAUAAAGCCACACACCCCUGAUCUAUAA